GAAUACAAACAGCCAGGAACAUCAGAAAGUUUCUUGGCUCUUGCAAUUUAAUUACAGUAAAUCAUCAUAAGUUGUAUUAAAUGUGUAUUUCUGUCAAGAGCUGGAUACCUCACCCCCGUGUUUAAACAUAAACGAGUAUUCCGCUUUUAAAAGCGUAGUUAACGCCGUUCACAGCACUGCUAGCUGACGCUACAAGCUAGUUUAGCGAGCUAACCGGAAGCUACUCAUUCAGGCAGCCGGGUAUGAAGGAAGGACAGGGGGAGGCUCUGGCUGCUCAUUCAUCCCUGUGUGAGUUUAUACGGAGUGAGCGAUAACAUCGUUCUCAAGUAUUUGACGUUGACGUAAGCUAAUGUUUGAUUCAAACUACCUCAGAGUUACCUUUACUUCAGGUUGACCUAGCUUGAGAACAACAGGUAACCUCAGCUCAGCCCAGGUGUACCAGGACAUGGCCAGCGGUUCCGUACCAAGCUUCACCUUCCAGGCUUAUGGAGAAGACAACCCAAGGCAGGUGUCAGGCUCCGGGAGCUCAUCUCGUCACCUCUCCGAUUCAGAGUCCGAAAUCUGCCCGACGACGAAGAGCUUAGCUCGGCUGUGCAGCAGGGACAAAGAUGAGCGGGCCACGGCUCUGGAGAAGCUGAGCGAGAAGAUUCUAGUACGUUUAGAAUUGGACCGGACCGGUUCGGCUCGGCUCAGCAAACAGACGCUUCUUCAUCUACUCCGACUGUCCAGGUCGUGUCCCCUUCAGGAGGAGGAGGGGAUUGAAGUACCUCGAGCCUUGGCUUCUGGUCCAAGUGCUUUCAUUCCUGCAAAAGAGAUGUUGAUAGAAGGGCUAAACCAGGACAUCCUGGUCGAGUCUUUUCUUUCGCUGGGUCGAGUCGAUCAUCUCACCAUGGUCAUGGCGCUCCACCCGUCUUAUCUGAGCUGCUUUUUGAGAACCCAGCAUGCUUUGUUUGAACUGGACGGCCCUUUGCCCCGUGACUGGAGACAUUACAUUUCCAUAAUGGCUGCAGCCCGACACCACUGUUCGUACAUGGUGCAGCAGCACAGCAAGGCUUUCCUGGAGGCUGGAGGGGAUGAGAGCUGGCUCAGCGGCAUCAAGCACGCGCCCGUCAAACUCCGCAGCCUCCAUACCCUCAACAAGCUGCUGGCACACCGACCCUGGCUCAUCACACAGCAGCACAUCCAGGAGUUGGUGUGUGCCGGGGCAGAGCCGCGUUGGUCUCUGGCUGAACUGAUCCAUGCCGUGAUUCUGAUGGCACACACUCACUCGCUCUGCUCCUUCGUGUGGGCCUGUGGGUUAAACCCAGAACCGGACCACAUCGGGGGCCACACCUUCCACCCUCCGUCGCCCAGCCACAUUCCUCGCAGCCCUCACAGCCCGGCUCAUGAGGACGGCAGGCAGGAGCUGGUGGAUGGAGCGGUGGAGGUGGAGGUACUGAUGAAGAGAAUGGUGGAGCUGCAGCAGCAGCAGGAGGAGGAAGAGUGCACGCAGGAGGAGAUGGUUACUCGGUUUGAAAGGCAGAGGAGCGAGAGUAUACCAACAGCGGUGGUAAGAGGAGCUCCACCUGAGCUGGUGUUGUGUCUAGUGGAGGAACCCGAGUUCAGAUAUGAGGACUUUGCCCCCAGAGGAGAACAGUCCCCAUCCCCCAUGAGAGCACAGGAUUAUUCAUGGGAAGAUCACGGAUUCUCUCUGGUGCAGAGGCUGCUUCCCGACAUGGGUCAGUUCCUGGAUGAGGAAUUUCAGGUCGUGAGCAACUUGACUUAUAACAGGAUGGCCAUGCAUGAGGACGUGGACACUUACACUCUGAGGAAAGCUCUGUGGAACUACAUCCACUGCCUCUACGGCAUACGGUACGACGAUUACGACUACGGCAGCGUCAAUGUUUUACUGGAGCGCUCUCUGAAGGUCUUUGUUAAAACCAUGGCCUGUCACCCCGAGCAGACCACUGCGCGCAUUUACCACGCCUUCUGGAGACACUUCAGACACUCCGAAAAGGUUCACGCCAACCUAAUAGUGAUGGAAGCCCGGCUGCAGGCUGCUCUUCUAUACACUCUGAGAUCUAUUACUGCCUACAUUAAAUGACUUUGUUGCACACCUUCCUGCAGAUGCUGAGCCAGCUACAAUGAAAAACUUAUUCUCACACACUACAGUGAAUGUUUGCGAAUUCAUAUCGUAUGUUUCAGUGUUAAAUGUUUUUGAUGCUGCUUUGCAAUGUGGAUGUAUUUAAAAUAGAAAAUGUUACCUAUUUUUGCACUGAGUAUGUCAGGAUGGAAAUCCCCAAUGGAGCCUUGAGCGUUGAGCUGAUUUAUCUUGCACACAUCUUGUAAAAUCUACAUGCUACACUCCUGGUUAUGUCAUGUCAGUUUGUUACUGCAUUAGUAAAUCAUAAAUUAGAAAAAAAACAACUUUAUUUUUGAUGUUUAAUUAACACUACUCAGCAAAAAUCAACCAGCCUCUAGUUACUGUCUGCAGGUACAAUAAGGCUAAGCUGAAACUUAAAAUAUCUUGUAUUUUUUAUAAGCAAUAAAGUUACUUUGUUAAUGGUGAAA